AUGUUUUUCAUUAUUAUUUUAUAUUAUUUUGUUUUCUUAAUAAUUCAUAAUCAAUGUAAAAUAAUAAUAUCUCCUCCGAAACACUGGGUAAAACAUGCGCAUAUACCACAUGAAAGUCGUUAUGAAAAUUUCUAUUUUUAUCUUAAACAAAAAAAUAAUGAAAUAUUAAAUAAACAUCUUCAUUUAAUUUCAAAUCCUCGUCAUAAUCUAUACCAUAAUACAUCUUGGUUAACACUCGAUCAAAUAAUCCGAAUAGUUAAACCAGAUUCAAUAUCUAUUAAACGUUUAUAUUAUUAUCUUUGGAGUAAUGGAAUAAACUUAAAAGAAUGCCGUCAUAGUCGCGAUGGAGGAAUUCUUGUUUGUCCAAUAUUAUUGACAAAAGCGAAUAAAAUUUUAUCUGCAAAUUAUACAGAUUUCCGACAUCGUAUCAAAAAUAUAAAUAUUACUCGAACAUUAUCAUUUAUUUUACCGAAUUAUCUAUCGAAUCAUAUUGUAACAAUUUCACCAACAACAGUAUUUCCUGAUCUUUCGUUAUUUCAUAAUUCAAUCACAUCGAAUAAAUCAAUAUUAAUUCGACAAAAACGACAAGACGAUCUUUGUUCUUGUCAAUCGUAUAUUAAACCAUGUUAUUUGAGAAAUCAUUAUGAUAUUCAUCAAUAUCGUGCACAUUCAUCAACAAAUAUAACUUUAAGUAUUAUUGGAUUAGCUAAUCAAUAUAUAAAUGAUAAUGAUACAAAUUUAUUUUUAAAAUUUAUUGAUAAUAAUAAUGAUAAUAUCAAACCAAAAAUAAAUAUUUUAGGUUAUAAUAAUCAAUCUAUACCAGGUCGAGAAGCAUCACUUGAUAUUCAAUAUGCAUUGGCUAUUGCACGUGGAGUACAAGUUACAUUUUGGUCUAUAACAAAUUUAAAUGAUCCAUUUUCGGAUUUUCUUUUUCAAUUAGCUAAUAUGAAACAUCCACCUGAUAUUAUUUCAAUUUCAUAUGGUUUUUCGGAAACAAGAAAUGAUUAUACAUUAUUUCAGAAAGCAAUCGAUCAAGAAUUACAAAAAGCAGCAGCUAGAGGAAUUACUAUUGUCGCAGCUACUGGAGAUAAUGGCGUUGGAGCAGAUUCAGUCGAUGAUUGUCAGUCAUACCAUAUAAAUUUUCCUGCAUCAUCUCCAUGGGUUACUGCAGUCGGUGGUACGAUGAAUUGUUUGGAACGAGGUGCUUUUUUUUCAAGUGGUGGAUUUAGUACAUAUGAAGUACAACCAAUUUAUCAACAAAAUGUUGUAUUACAUUAUUUACAUCAAUAUAAUCUAACAUUACCGCAUGCUAAUCUUUUCAAUAGUAUGGGACGAGCAGUACCCGAUGUAUCUUUAUAUGCUACAAGAUAUUUAAAUAUUGUAAAUGGUUUGAUAAAAUCGACAAGUGGAACAUCAGCAGCAGCACCUAUAUUUGCAGCUAUAAUUGCUUUACUUAAUGAUUAUCAAGUACGACAUGGACGUAAACGACUUGGCUUUUUAAAUCCAUUACUUUAUCAAUAUGCAUCCGAUAUAUUUCAUGAUAUAACUGCAGGUUAUAAUGUUGGUUGUAAUACAACUGGAUUUCAUGCUGGUAUAGGUUGGGAUCCAGUAACUGGAUUAGGUAGACCAUCAUUUAUUCGAUUUCAAAAGGUGCUUGAUGCUAUCAAUUUGAAACAACAUCAAUUCAAAUCGUUGAGAAUAAAUAAAAAUUGA